AGGCUUUCCGGGCGGUGUGUUUGAAAGCGAGGCCAAGAAGGGUGGGAGCGUGUGCUGCCCGGAGCUUUUUGGAGCGCGUGGUUCGCGCUCUCGCAGAGCCGUCAUGUCGCACAAACAGAUUUACUAUUCGGACAAAUACGACGAUGAGGAGUUCGAGUACCGGCAUGUCAUGUUGCCCAAGGACAUAGCCAAGCUGGUCCCUAAAACCCAUCUGAUGUCUGAAUCCGAAUGGAGAAACCUUGGUGUUCAGCAGAGUCAGGGAUGGGUCCAUUAUAUGAUUCAUGAACCAGAACCUCACAUCUUACUGUUCCGGAGGCCACUGCCCAAGAAGCCAAAGAAAUGAAGCUGACGAACCACUUUUCAGCCUCAAGCUUUACACAGCUGUCCUUACUCUCUAGCAUCUUUCUGAUAGCAUGACUUAGUUGCUUCUUAUUUCUCACUUUAUAUUUAAAGGAUGUUCAGUACACUGUCUGAAUGUGCUGGUCAGUGCUUUGCUUCUCAAGUAGAGCCACCAACACCACAGCCCUGUCAGACGGGUGCUCUGUAUCUGAGUGUGACCCAGAAGCCAUAGAGUACUCUGGAUCCAGCAGACUACAUUUGCCAUAUUGAAGAAGCAUCUACUGUGGUUGUUAUAUGGAUUGUGUAAAUUUGCUGUUUUGUUUUUCCGAAUUGGUGUUGUAUUUAUGGGUUUAUGGUGACUUACGGAUUUAUGUUUCAGUGUAUUGGAAACUUUCCAUUUUAUUUGACAAAUCUGUUCCAUGUUACAAGCCUUGAUUAAAGAGUAAAUUUUUAUAAUGUAA